CAGCAGAGAGAGAAUUCAAAUUCCAAUUCCUCGGUGUCUCCCCAUUCCCCAACACCACCAGUCCACCGCCACCGCCACCCAAUCCGUCGCUCUCCUCCCCGCCGGCGAUCGCCGCCGGGGCCCUCAUCGGCGCGGCGCCGCUCCGGGACCGGGCGAUGAAGCUGAAGAUCAACAAGGCGUGCGACAUCGCCUCCAUCUCCGUCCUCCCUCCCCGGAGGACCGGAGGGAGCAGCGGUGGCGGUGGCGGGAUGAGCGCGCCUGCUGCUGCUUCCGCCGCGGCGGCGGCGCAGCAGCAGCGGUCCCAGUCCAUGUCGCAGAAGUCCUUCUCGCAGGGAGGAGGAGGAGGCGGCGGCCCGUUCUCGCAGGGCGUCGGCGCGUCCUUCUCGCAGGGCAUAGGCAGCGGUGGCGCGUCUUUCUCCCAGGCCAGAGGAGCGUCCUUCUCGCAGGGCAGCGGCAGCGGAGGCGCCGCGUUCUCUCAGGUCGGUGGAGGCGGAGGCGCGGCCUUCUCUCAGGGCGGUGGAAGCGGAGGCCCCGCGUUCUCUCAGGCCGGCGGAGGCGGAGGCGCGGCGUUCUCUCAGGGCGGUGGAGGCGGAGGCGCGGCGUUCUCUCAGGGCGGUGGAGGCGGAGGCGCGGCCUUCUCUCAGGCCGGUGGAGGCGGAGGCGCGGCCUUCUCCCAGGGCGGUGGAAGCGGAGGCGCGUCCUUCUCCCAGGGCGGUGGCAGCGCGCCGCUCGUGCACGCGCAGUCGCAGCUCUCGCAGGCCUCCCUCGACGCGAACCUCCUCAGCCUCCUCUCGCAGGCUCCCGCGCGCGACCAGAGAUUUGCCUUGGAACAGGACUCGUCGAAGAGGACAUCUUCAUAUCCUGCCAGUUCAGCUUCUUGUGUGCGUGAGGAAUCUCAGCUGCAACUGACAAAGAUACCAACCAACACUAUCCACCGCUGGAGCCCCUCUCUUCCGGAUAGCAGAUGUCAGGUUAAUGAGGAAGUUGAGCGCAAGUUUCAGCAUCUGGCAAGUUCAGUACAUAAGAUGGGAACGAUAUUAGACUCAGUGCAAAAUGAUGUGAUGCAGUUAAACAGAGCCAUGAAGGAGGCAUCACUAGACUCUGGUAGCAUUCAGAAAAAGUUUGUGCUCCUAGAGGACUCUCUAAAGCAAAUUCUUAAGGGACAAGAUGAUCUGAAAGCACUCCUUGAAGGAAUCACAGAAAGUAAUCCUGACCGACUGAGUGUUCUCAACUCUCUCGCCAGCAAACAGGAUGAGAUGUCCUCGUUACUUUCAGUCUUGCCAAAGCAUGUGCAAAUAGAACUGGGGCAACUGAAGGGUGACAUCAGCAGAAUUUUCUCAAAGGAGAUAGAGGGGAUAGUUAGAGCUGUUGAUACUAGGCUUGACCGGAUGCAAAUGCUGGCAAACCAGAGCUGCACCACCAAUGCAAAACCCCUGAUGAACCAGACAAGUGUAACAAAUGGAAGCCCCCUGAUGAAGCAGACACCAGCAGCAGAUGGAAGCACCCUGGUGAACCAGACAAGAGUAGCAGAUGGAGGCCCCCUGAUGAACCAAGGACCAGUAGCAGAUGAAAUCCCCCUGAUGAACCAAGGACCAGUACCAGAUGGAAGGCCGCAGAAGAAACAAAGACCAGUAGCAAAUGGAAGGUCCCAGAGGAAGAAACAAACACCAGUAGCAAAUGGAAGGCCCCAGAGGAAGAAACAAAGACCAGUAGCAAAUGGAAGGCCCCAGAGGAACCAAAGACCAGUACCAAAUGGAAGGCCCCAGGUGAAGCCAACAAAAACAGCAGAUGGAAGCUCGCAGAUGAACCAGAAACCCGAAGCAGAUGGAAAGGCCCUAAUGAACCAAGUACUACCAGUAACUCAAGCUGCCAGUGCUCCUGCGCCCUUGGCUUAUCAGAGGAAGACAGAAGGUGUGAAGCCAAAUGUGGAAAAGGGGAUGGCAAAGGCCGCCACAGGUGCACAGGAAUUGGGUGGCUCAGGCGACAGCAGUCCGGCGCCACCUAAAGAGCAAGAGUUGGCGAUUCAGAAGGUCAAUGAAGAGGCACCAGUCAACAAGGCGAUGUUGACCAUUGUCAUCGACUCGGACGACGACGAGGAGGGGGGUGGCAGCGCCGGGAGCGCGUCAUGCGUCACGCUGAAGGCCGAAGCAGGUGGUGCGGGUGGUGGAGCGGUGGCGGAGGCGGCGAUGGGCGAGGGGGAGGCGCUGGAGAUCCUGCGGCGGGCGAGGAAGCGCCGGCGGAGGGAGGAGGCCAACGCCGUCGUGCUCGACCACUGCUAGACUGUUUAUUUAGUACGUAGCAGCAACCCAACGGUAACGAUUGGCGUACAGAUACAGACAGAGGUGGGUCGACAGACAGUGUUUUAAGAAGAUAACAGAGGUUAGGGGGCGUACAGAUCAGAGAGGGAGAGGUGAAAACUUACCACACAGCGAAGGGGAGAUGUUCACGCAGAGAGGUGGGUCGACAGACAGUGUUACAGUGCACGCAGAGACAGAAUGCAGAUAUAUUUCUGCCUGCUGUUACGGUGCCAUUACUAUUACAAUCUCCGAAAUAGGCUUUCGCCCCGCU